AUGGCGUUGUCUUCAGGUGUUGACCUUAUCGGGUGGAGGUCAAAGGCAGGUCAGGGAUCUGUUGCUAGGCUACCAUCAGAUAACUGGCGGGGGUAGGCACUUGGCAGCCGCUUGCUGUCUGGGUAGCUGCUCUCUCUGUCAUUCACUGCUUGUCAUGUAAUCUCAUUCAUUUGCAGACAAUUGCCUGGACGUCAGAAAGGCUAUCUGCUCCAUGCUGUUGUAAUGAAAACACAUUAAAAUAUUAAAAACGGCCAAACUAGAGCCCCAUUACAAGCCAGCUCUACUUGGCAUUGGCACACUUCCGUUAUUAUACCAUCAUGCCAAUUGUCAUGUGGUAACAUGAACCGUUUAAAUAGGUAGUGUUGGUGACUGCCUUUGUCAAAAUGACAGUAUGGCGCCUGGCUGUCAGGACUAGGUAAAUUACACUGUAAAAGACAAAGGGUGCGUCCAAAAUGGCACCCUGUUCCCUAUAUAGUGCACUACCUUUGACCAGAGCCAUAUGGGACCUGAUCAAAAGCAGUGCACUAUAUAAUGAAUAGGGUGCCAUUUCAGAGGCAGACAAAGUGAAGGAUUAUGGGAAAGUAAUGGUGUGAAAUGGACAAGGAGGAAUCAGCGUCUUUUGAUUAGCUUUAUUUGAUUAAAGCCACACUGCAACAUAAAUUAGAUAUUCAUCUGGUCAUUCAAAAUGAAGACCUGAGGCAUAGUGUGUGUGUGUGCGUGUGUGUUAUAUGCUCAUGCAAGUACUGUGUGUGUGUGUGUGUGUGUGUGUGUGUGCGUUCCUGUACCAGUGUGGUUGCCUGCUUAUACAGUACAUGUACACUGAGUGUACAAAACAUUAAGAACACCUUCCUAAUAUUUAGUUGCACCCCCUUUUGCCCUCAGAACAGCCUCAAUUCGUUGCGGCAUGGACUCUACAAAGUGUCAAGCGUUCCACAGGGAUGCUGGUCCGUGUUGACUCCAAUGCUUCCCACAGUUGUGUCAAGUUGGCUGGAUGUCCUUUGGGUGGUGAACCAUUCUUGAUACACACGGGAACUGUUGAGCGAGAAAAACCCAGCAGCAUUGCAGUUCUUGACACAAACCGGUGCGCCUGGCACCUACUACCAUAGCCCGUUCAAAAGCACUUAAACGUUUUGUCUUGCCCAUUCACCCUCUGAAUUGCACACAUACACAAUCCAUGUCUCAGUUCUCUCAAGGCUUAAAAAUCCUUCUUUAACAUGUCUUCUCCCCUUCAUCUAUUCUGAUUUAAGUGGAUUUAACAAGUGACAUCAAUAAGUGAUCAUAGCUUUCACCUGGAUUCACCUGGUCAGUCUAUGUCGUAGAAAGAGCAGGUGUUCCUAAUGUUUUGUACACUCAGUGUAUAUGUAUGUGCUAGGCAAAUGGUCGAUCCAUUCAUGACUCAUUCUGAGAAACAAGUGGUUGUGCGCUCACCUCCCUACCUUUAAAUAGAGCGAACAAAAACCAAGGGUGGCAAAGCAUUCUAUUUAGAGAGAGAGAGUGCUGUUGCAUCUUCACACAAACACCAUAUUAUCUCCCACUCAGCAGCUCCAGCCACCUGGCCAUUUAUCUAUGUGAAGACUAGAAGAAUUCUUAACUCUCAUUCUGAUGAACGACAUCAUAAAUCCUGUCUCAUUUUCAAAUCCGCUCUCACACGGCGGUCCUUAGCAGAAGACAGCAAGCUGACACUGUGUCGUAUGUCUCUUCUCCCAGGAUCCUCUCUGGGUGACACGCACUUUGUCAGUGUCAUGCCAGCCGAGCCGGGCGGAGGUUAAUCGGCGGGUCGGGAGGAAGUGGUCAUCAGAGGGCUUUGUGUGAAACGCCACCUCAGCGAUGGCCGACAGAAAGAGAUAAGGCCGCGUCCAUUUGUCCGCCAGUCCAUCGCGCUAGGACGCUAGAAUCCCCCACCGUCACAGUGAAGCGUUGGCACUCGGGGCGGGGUUCUACAGUCCUAGCUCAUCUGUGAGAUUGGCACGUUCUGAAAAGAACGUCUCAGUGUCUUGGGCACUUGCCAACUGACAGCUGAGAUUUAUCGGGGUACGCAAGCCCGCAGCGAGGACUUCUCUUGUAACAUGGUACUCCUGUGAAAGGGAUAAAGAAAUUAGUGUUAAACAUUUCCCCCCACACCGUCGAGAUAUUUCCCUACAGUCUCUCUUCUUUUUUUUGGUUGAUAUGGCGGAUUGGAGACUUGAGAAUCAAACAGGAACCACCACAGUACCAUGCAGUCAGUGCUCCUGUUUCAAUUCCGUGCAUAUUCAUGAGGGUGAGUGGAGAAUGUUGCUGUACUCUGUCUGUUGAGUCACAGGUCCUCUGUGGCAGGAAGCACUCCUGGUCAAAUGGCAACCGAGAUAGAGAGAGAGCGAGAGAGAGAGAGAGGGAGAGAGAAAGAGAGGUGGAUGAGAGAGCGAGAGAGAGGGGGGAGAAGAGAGAGAGAGAGAGAACAAGAGAGAGAAAGAGAGAGAGAGAGAAAGAAAGAAAGAGAGGAGGGGGCGAGAGAGAGAGAGAGAGAGAGAAAGAAAGAGAGUGAGAGAGAGAGAGAAAGAAAGAGAGUUGUGUGGGAUUUGAAAGGAACAGCUCCUGGCUGCCUGUCUUGGAUAUUUAUUCCUUUCUAAAGCAAUGAGGUGUUUGGAGAAAAAGGCCAGCCAGUGUUCUAAAUGCUACACUGUCGGUGCAGGGAGCUGUUAACUCAGGUUCCUCUAUCUGACUACACUGUGUUGAUCCCAUUAACUAUACAGUCAACCAUCCACAAAUACAAACUCUGAUAUGUACAGAGCCUCUUUUGAUUCUGAAAUGCCACUCUUAGGUAAAUUCAUAAUCAGUAACGAGCGUGUUUACAUCACAUGUCGUCACCACAUCGAGAGGAAAACAGAACACCUAGUACAACCUCCCAAAUAAUUUGUUGUGAAUCAAUAUCAAUAUCAAAAUUGCUGCCCCCUAUUGUCCAUUCAUCCACGGAGCAUUGGGUGACUCCUCCAUCUUCAUAUCACCUGUCAACAUCUAGAGGUAACUCUGCCAGGGUGAUGAACAGAGAGAUAGGCAAUGAAACACAAGGUGUGACAGUAUGGCAAUAUGUUAUGGGAUGCAGCUAGGCAGAGGGGCUCAUAAUGAAAGCAGGAUGAGAAGGCUUUGUUCCAAAUGUCACGAUGCAUAUUUAUGGCCUGCCGAUGGAGUGGCUCCUUGUAUAAGCACCAUCCAUCCAUUCAUCAUCCCUCCGUCUAGCGAUGGUCUGACAAAAGCACUUGCCACUCUCUUUCUUCAACACCUCGGCUGCAUGGCUGGCGACUAGCGUCAUGCGGGUAGCUCACAUUCUAGUGAAAUGGGCAACCUGAUCAUAUGAUGAUAGGGAGUUUUUCCUAGCCACUGUGCUUCUACAUCUGCAUUGCUUGCUCUUUGGGGUUUUAGGCUGGGUUUCUGUAUAAGCACUUUGUGACAUCUGCUGAUGUAGAAAGGGCUUUAUAAAUGAAUUUGAUUGAUUGAUGGAUUGAUACUGUAAAUCUCAUACUGUCGUUUUCUAUCUGAGAUUAUCUGAACUAUACUGUGGAUUAUUACAUAAUUGUUGCUUGAUUGUUACCUUAUAUUUUUUUAAAUGUAAAAUAGGGGAACCCUUGGUGUCAAUUAUUGUCCUUGGAAGCAUAGUAUUAUUACUAAAAGAUAAGGAAGCACCAUCUUUCUUUAUCAUAAUUAUUUACUUUGUGGUGUAGUAACACUUUAUUUGGUACAGAACUAUAGCGCCAGCUUUCAUUUACUUCCCACCACUUCAGAAGAUGCCACAAAUGGAGAGAUCAAUGUCAUAGCCAGAGUACAAUAAGACACACGGGAGGGCGUCAGACUGAAUCAGACACUCGGAGUAAAGCUCCAGCGAGCACUCUCCCACUAAGAGGGGGAUCCCAAGGGAUCCAGCUCCGUGUUGGCUGGCCCGCUCCUGGGCUGCUAUGCGGUGGAGGAUGGGGGUGGACUGAGUGACUGACUGUAUGGCUGUCUGUGGUCCCACUGCUCCUGAGGGAGAGAACAUGCCUCCAGGGCUAGGCUGAUUUGAGCCGGUCCAAGCACUAACCCCUGGGGGACACCAACCAGGCAGGCUGGGUUCUCUGAGCCUCUCUUUCAGGCAGCCGGUUGGCUGUCGGCGGUUGGAGCUUGGUGGUUGUGGAAAAAGAGAAGGGGCUUUCAUCUCUCUCUCUCUCUCUCUCUCUCUCUCUCUCUCUCUCUGUCUGUCUCUCUCCGAGCGUCUCGUUGGAUUUCCUCCCAAAUUACAGGGAGUGACUACACUCCACCUCCCCCGCCUCGCACCGUGCCCGGCUCACCGGAGGGCCUCGGGGGCCAGCGAACCGCUGUCAACCGUCAAGGCUCACAGCUGACUCAUUAAGAGGAAGUCAGUCGGAUGUGUCAUUGGACUGGAAACAGUAAGGAGGAAUAAACUACAAAAGUAUUGUAGCAUGCAUAUUAUGCACAUUUCUGCAGGUAAUCUAAUAUUGUCUGGCGGGGGCUUGUAAAUUCAUUCUAGGAAUACUUUCAUCUUUUAUCCACCAGUUCACACUUGACAAUGUAUGGUAUAUCAAUAGUGUUGUGACAACUAAUGUUAUAUCUCCUAUUGUGGAGAGACAGGCAAACCUUGGAUGGAAUCAUAAGAGCAUCAGCGGUGAAUGGAACUGGCCUUCAUAACAUCACACCAUACCAGCACCAAACUAAAGACAUCCAGGUAUCUAGGCAGAUAGUCAAGGUGGCAGCUGUGGUUUCCAUGGUCCUUUUCUGAUCAAGGGGGACCGUUGCCCAUCACUUCCAAGCUAUUACCUCCACACAGUAAGGGAUUUGUAUUGGGAUAGAACAAGACCCCGCCAGCAGGCAAUCUGUCUUUCAUUUGAAAACUCCCUCGAGGUUUUCCAUUAUCCCCCUCCAUAUCCAGCCUGACCUGGAGAGAAAACCUGGCCUGGUAGGGUCAACUCAGUCUAGACGCUCUACACCCCACCCCCCCCCCCCCCCCUUUCCUCCGCCUUCCAUCCAUCCUGCCUGCGGACACUAGAGGGAUGGAAGGAUGGAGGGCCGCCCCCCACCUCUUCCCACCUCCUCUCACCUUCAACCUCUCCCUACCUCCCCUCUCUCUCUUUCCAUCCCUCGACCCCCGACCCCUAAGCAACAAUAGCAUCUCUCACCACCGUAAUCUUUCCAUUUCGCGUUCCUUCCUCUAGGGGUUAGGGGUCUCUAGGUUGAGAGGGAGGGAUUUGUCUGAGAAUCGACUGUUGCUCUCGCUGGCUGUCCAUUUGAGCCGACCACUGUUGUUAUAGAUACUAGGCUGGUCAGACAGAGCAAAGAGAAGCCACAUCUGGCCACAACACAUAGUUAUUAUAUUAGCGGUUGCCAUUUUCAAUGUUCAAUAUCCCCCCGUAAUGGUCAGUGUGAUCGGUUAAGCUUCUUAUACACAAUGUGGAGGGAGCUUGGGUCACAGCAAGUCACUGUAAUGAAUGUGAAUAUGUCUUGGCUUCUUCCUUUCAGCAGAUAGCAUUCCCUUCUGUAUAAAUUCUGCACAGAGUUGGAAUGAAUACAUAGCUAAAACAUAUAUAAAGCUGGGAUGCCUUUUCUGAUGAUACCCCUCUGACAUGUCAUUCCAAGGUAGGAUUUUCCGCACAAAGGCAGAGGGAGUACACAGUCAGGUUGGGUUCACACCGGAGGUGAUAUUUGAAAAUUCCCCACCAAGAUACAAUGGUGACGGAGAAGACGAUGUAACCCAAGUGUUUCUACAUGACCGUUGACCAUGUAGUUCAAUUCAGUAUGACUUAACAAGCUGAAUUCAUGGCUCCAAGCCAUUAUAGUUAAGAAUGUGUGCCAAUACAAUGAGAGGGAGACAACCGUACAUUGAAGUUUUAGCAGACGCUCUUACCCAAAACGACUUACAGUAGUAGUGAAUGCAUACAUUUUCAUACUGGUCCCCCGUGGGAAAUAAACCCUCGACCUUGGCGUUGCAAGCGCCAUGCUCUACCAACUUAGCCACACGGGAGCCGUAACAUAACAUAACAUUCACAACUGUCAUUUCAAUUCAAAUUAAAGGCGCUCUCUACUGUACAUCUCUAUAUUGCCCAUAGAAUUUGUCCUAAGACACAGAUCAUUAUUGUCUUUGGUAGGCCAGUAAAAAGGGAUGUCAGAUUUAUUUUUCCCUGGCAAAAUCCCCUUCAUACACAAGCGCACGAUUACCGAAGACGGCAACAGGGGGAAGAAAAAAAACAGCUAAUUGAAUAUUCAUUAACCUGUGCCUAGGUGUAUACAAGGCUCUUAACUGCUCUUGUUUAUGACUUAAGGACUUGUAGCACUGACCUUAGUUUAACACAGCAGCAGAUACCAAAUUAACCUCUAGCCUCUGCAGGGCUAGCCAUGCCCCGCUAACAAGAAACCUGUCUAGACCAAGCUACAAGUACUUUAUGAUUCCUCCUCUCACUGGUUCAUUCUUCUCCCUCCCACCCUCCGAACACACACACACAGCCCAUGCUCUUUUCUCAUCUGUAAAUGUUUCUUUGCCUAUCUCCCAAUACACAUUCACAUGCACACACACACACACACAUACACACAAACACACACACAUAUACACACACACAGACAGCCCAACACUCUCUCCUCCUCCUCCUUUCCCCACCUUCUUCUCCCAAACUCAUUUCUCAUAUACCUCAAAACCUGUGUGGUUUUUGGGUCACGACUCACACCUCAGCGUCUCUGGGUUAUCAGAUGACAUACUUUAUCUUGGUGAGCGAUAAUGUAUCUUAUACAGGAAAAAAAUCACAGGGAUCUGAAAACAUUAUCAAGACAUUAUCAACAGAAUGGGAAUCCUCCACUUCCAUUAGAGCGAUUCUGAGUGUAUUGCACCAUCUUAUGAUGAGCAUUAUUCUAUUGGUGAUGGUGAGAUAAAAUGGAUGUGCAUGAAUCAAAUAGUGGUUAGUGGUUGCAGCUAAUAUGCUCAUGCAUUUUUAAUGAAGUGGCUAUAAGUGGCAAUGAAAGCGUAAUGCCCUGCAUGUCAGACGGUCAUUAUCAUGGGGCAUAGUAUUACAAGGUAAUGCAAUGCAAAUACAGGUAUUUAGACUAUAUAUAAUGUAUCUAAAUAAUAGUGUGUCUCCAUGAAGUGUUCAAAUGACAGUAAAAAAAACUUUAAGCCUGUAUUUCGAAAUAAUUUAUUGCUGAUUAUAAAGAACUGUUAUGCAGAUUAGACAGAAGGCCUAGUAGACCAUGUUUAAUGCAUGCAAAUUAAUAAAAGCUUUCACAUUAUCUCACCCAUACAUAUAAUCAAAUAUCCGCCUAUUCAUAUAAUUGUUUUAUUAAAACCCACUUUGGCUAUGAGAGUUAAAAAUUUUUUUUAUAUGAUACCCUCAAGAAUAGUGAGAAAUCCAAAACGCGGUUUUGAAGAUAGAUGUUUGUCCUUUAUUGGCUACUGUACACCAGAGCCCGUAAAAGCAGCUGAUUGGCUGCUGUUCUCACAGCCAAAACACAACAGAAAUCGUUCUAGCGACAGACGUGAAGUACAGGUGGGUAGCUAGAUUGCUAACAAGCUAAUGCUAAUUCUGUAGAUGUCUUACCUAACAUAGGUAAGUAACGAUUCGACACAUAAUUAUAUUUUCAGUACCGUGAAAUAUUAUGCUAUUAGCAUACGCAUUUCUGUCCUUAAGGGAUGAUUAAAUGUACCAUUUUAGCAGGCUAGCUAAUAGCUAGGCCUGUUAGCCACAUUAGCCCUUAGCUAGCUGUGUUUUGCUGAUUAGCUAGCUACCUGUUCAUUAGCAAGCUAGUUAGCCUCCUACCUUGCAAGUAUGCAUUUAGCAUAAUUUGCAUCCUGCUAAUACAUCUAGCUAGCUAGCAUCCUCUCCUUGUUAGUAAGAUGCAGAUCUGAUGCAACGUUUCCUAUGCGUUUUGAAUAAUUCAAAAUACUAAAUACUUAUUGUUCCUCUAUGUCCCUCUUCCAGGCAGAAUCAUGAGUCUCAGAAAGCAGACCCCCAGUGACUUUCUGAAGCAGAUCAUUGGCAGACCAGUGGUGGUCAAGCUCAACUCUGGAGUGGAUUACAGAGGUAAACACUGCAACUUUUAUAAGUCGUCACCUAGUGGGCCAGUGUGUGAUAUUUCUGCAUGUUAACCUAUAUCUUAAUUUUAUUUGUCACAUACGCCAAAUACAACUAGUGUAGACUUUACCGUGAAACGCUUGCUUACGAGCCUUUCCCAACAAUGCAGAGUAAAAAAACGAAUAAUACAAGAAUAGAGCUAUAUACAGGGAGUACCAGAUCAAUGUGCAGAGGUACGAGGUAUUUGAAGUAGAUAUGUACAUGAAGGCAGGGUAAAGUGACUAGGCAUCAGGAUAGAUAAUAAUAAGAGUAAAAUAAAGAACAGAGUAGCAGCAAAUGUAAAAGUGUGUGUAAUGUGUUUGUGUUACAUUUGUUGCUAUACUCCAGACAGAAUACAUUUUACUUCUAUGCCUGAUUGAGGUUUAAAGAUGCAUUGCCUAUGGACUGUGUGUCUGUCUGUGCCAUUGACAUUCAUUUGUGCCUGUCUGUAGGUGUCCUAGCCUGUCUGGAUGGCUAUAUGAACAUUGCAGUGGAGCAGACAGAGGAGUAUGUCAAUGGCCAGCUGAAGAACAAGUAUGGCGAUGCCUUCCUGAGAGGAAACAAUGGUAAGAGCUCCAGAACCAGACACAUGUUUUUUCGAACUACUUGGUGGCACUUGUGUAGAAGUCAACAUGAUAUUGAAUAGCUAUGGAGAAUGGUGUAUUCCUCCUUCCCCUUUUAUUUUAGUAAUUACUUAUUUUUGAUCAUUUCCGCGUUCACGUGCUAGUCAGAACUAGGGAACUCUGACAUUUCCGAUUUGCUAUCUGGUUGAAUCUGGCAUGUGUAUAGCUUCAACCAGUUAACAAGUCGGAAAUAUCAGUUUCCUAGUUCCGACUAGCACGUGAACACGGCAGAUAUGACACGUAAUUAACUGAGACUUGGCGACUAUAUGAUGUUGCCACGAAUAGCAGGAUGAACUGUAGAUAUUGUAAAAUGAUCAAGAUGAAAGAUGUUGCACUCGCAAAAAAUAUCUGCGCAUCUGCAUGGGUGCUGACAACAGCCGAGAAGUUUAGCCUCACGCUUCACCCUCUUAGUUGUUAUGGAAGUCAGCCUGAUAUCUCACAUAAUAGUAUCUGGUUUUGUUUCUACAUGCCACUUAAGUUUUCACUUUUCUUGUCUGUACUAAUUAUUUUCUAUUUCCUUCCUUAGUGUUAUACAUCAGCACCCAGAAGAGGAAGAUGUGA